CCCACUGCCCACACAUUAAGAGAGAGGCAGAUCCUCUCUCGCCACCUUCUCGCAUUUGUCCUAUCCUGUUCUUAUCCAUCAAUGGGGAGGCCUCCUUGUUGUGUCGAGAAGGGCCUCAAGAAGGGUCCCUGGACCCCUGAGGAAGAUCAUAAGCUCAUGAACUAUAUCCAAAAGAAUGGCCAUGGAAGUUGGAGGGCACUACCUGAACUCGCUGGCCUGAACAGAUGUGGCAAGAGCUGUAGGCUAAGAUGGACAAACUACCUCAGGCCAGAUAUUAAGAGAGGAAAGUUCUCCAAGGACGAAGAGCAAACCAUCCUCCAGCUCCAUUCCAUCCUUGGCAACAAGUGGUCAGCUAUUGCGAAGAAUCUCCCUGGCCGGACAGACAACGAGAUCAAGAACUUCUGGAACACCCAUCUCAGGAAGAAGCUCAUUCAGAUGGGUAUUGACCCGAUGACCCAUCGCCCAAGAACAGACUUCUUCGCAGCACUCCCACAACUAAUCGCACUUGCCAAUCUCCACCAGCUUAUUGAACAGCAACAAUGGGACGGCCAGACUACCAUGCCACAGACUGAGGCAGUCCAGGCUGCCAAUCACCAGUACAUGCAGGCAAUGCUUCAAUCUGCAGCGUCCAUUGCACCAAAACCCACCACAGUCAGCAGCCUCACCACUGACCUAGAGCAGAUCAGCCUCCUCAACCCUCAGCAUAUGCUUUCUCCAACUCUUCUUGAGAGUACAGGAGGCGAAGACAUAGCCAGGCAGGUGCCACACAACCAGCCAAUCACUUUCUUUGACCAACCAGUUAGCAAUAUCAACCUGAGCUCAGAUAACAAUGUGAGCAGCAGUGAGCAGUGCCUUGUUGAGGGAGGGAGCAGUAGCCGGAAAAGCAUGUUGCUAUCUGAGAACUCACUACCACCACUCACAGACAUGUCGGCCUCCAACCCUUGCAAUGCUAUCAGCACCUUAAAAUGCGGAGCCAGCAGUACACCUACACUAUCACCUAGUUGGUCAGAAAUCCUUCUUGAUGAAGAGCUCAUGAGAGAAUUUGAAUGAACUCCUGAGCUUAAGUUGUACAAUUGUACACUACCCUCCAGCUUGCACCUUUUGGAUGUUAGGCUUAGCACCUCUUUCUUUUUUCCUAAGAUUGUUGCGUGCAUUUGUUGAUUCAUAAAGAAUUCGACGCAUGAGUCUACACAUAUAUACCUGUAUAUAUAAAGUACAUGUAAAAGUUACUCAUAAAAACUCCCACAUGCUUUGGCUUAA